GAGUUAGUGUGUGUCCAAAUUUGAAAAAAUGCUAGUAGUUUUGUUAACCUUAGCAUUCCUUCCCAACAUUAUCCAAGUGGAUGCCAACUUUUCCAAGAGCAUGCACCUCACUUGGGGAGUCCAACAUGCAUCAAUUCUGGGUGAAGACCUUCAUCUUGUGUUGGAUAAAACCUCAGGGUCAGCUGCUCAAUCGAAGAGAUCAUUCUUAUUUGGGAGCAUUGAAAUGCAAAUCAAGCUUGUACCUGGUAAUUCUGCCGGAACAGUCACAGCAUACUAUUUAUCUUCUGCAGGAAACCAGCAUGAUGAGAUAGACUUUGAGUUCUUGGGCAACAGUACAGGACAACCAUACACUGUCCAUACUAACUUGUACACGCAAGGAAAAGGAAGCAAAGAGCAACAAUUUUACCUCUGGUUUGACCCAACUGCUAAUUUUCACAAUUACACCAUUCACUGGAAUCCCACAGAAAUUGUCUGGUAUGUUGAUGAUGUGCCAAUUCGUGUUUUCCGCAACCAUGAACAAGAGGGCAUCACUUACCCAAACAAACAAGGAAUGAGGGUUUGCACCAGCCUAUGGAAUGCAGACAACUGGGCAACCAGAGGAGGCCUAGUAAAGACGGACUGGAAUCACGCACCAUUCACGGCCAGAUUCCACCAUUUCAGAGCAAGGGCUUGCAAGUGGAGUGGAGCAAAGAGCAUCCAUCAAUGUGCCUAUAAUAUCCCUGCAAAUUGGUGGACUUCCGCUAGAUACAAGAAGCUGACCCACACCCAGUUGGAACAGCUGAAUUGGAUCAGAAACAAUUACAUGAUCUAUGACUACUGCACAGACACCAAAAGAUUCAACGGACAGAUGCCUCCAGAAUGCUUUAAACCACAAUUCUAA